AAAAAAGUAUGGAAUGGAUCCACCUUUCUGGCUUAAACAAUCAAAAUUGCGAUGGACAUGUGGAAGAAAGCACUGUUGGUGAAUAAUAAACAUUACGCUUAAAUUAUAAAUAAAUAUUUAAUAAAUAAAUUGAUUUUUACCUGAUUUUGUUAAAAUACUCACCCCGGAAGCAAUUAUUUUCUUAUUAAAAAAUGCAAAAGUAUCGACCAAAAAGGCAAAAACAUACAUAGCCCUUGGGUGCGUCAUACUGAAGAGCACAGAGCACUGUGAAAGUUGUUCGAUCAGCAGGGUCAGACUUCAGAGGAUUCUAUCAUCCCAUUUCAUCUUUUAUCCAAGCAAUGGAUCUAAGUUCGUUGAGUCCUGAACAACUAACUGUGAUGGGGUCUGCAUUUUGUGUAAUGGCUUCCAUGCAUUUCACAGUGCAGUUAUUAUCACAACAUCUCUUCUACUGGAAGAACCCUAAGGAACAAAAAGCCAUCAUCAUUAUUAUCCUAAUGGCUCCCAUAUAUGCCGUUGACUCAUUUGUAGGCCUAUUGGAUGUCCAGGGAAGCAAAGCAUUUUUUUUGUUUUUGGACUCAGUCAAGGAAUGCUAUGAAGCUUUGGUGAUUGCUAAAUUUAUGGCUCUGAUGUAUAGUUACUUGAACAUAUCGAUGAGCAGAAAUAUUGUGCCUGAUGAAAUUAAGGGGAGGGAAAUUCACCACUCAUUCCCAAUGACACUUUUUCAGCCUCGCACUGUUCGGCUGAACCACAACACUCUGAAGCUUCUAAAAUAUUGGACAUGGCAGUUUGUAGUCAUCCGCCCAGUUUGUUCCAUUUUGAUGAUAACAUUGCAAUUACUUGGGUUGUAUCCAAGCUGGUUGAGUUGGACAUUUACCAUCAUUCUCAACAUUUCUGUUUCAUUGGCCUUGUAUUCUCUUGUUAUCUUUUACCAUGUGUUUGCGAAGGAACUGAAGCCACACAAGCCACUAGCAAAAUUCAUGUGCAUCAAAGGAAUUGUUUUCUUUAGCUUUUGGCAGGGAGUGGUGCUGGAGAUUUUGGUGGCACUGGGUGUCAUUCGAUCUCAUCAUUUCUGGUUAGAUGUGGAGCACCUUGAAGAGGCCAUUCAGAAUGUGUUGAUAUGUUUAGAGAUGGUUGUGUUCUCUGUUCUUCAGCAGUAUGCGUAUCAUGUUUCACCAUACAGUGGAGAAGUAGAAUCGACUUAUAAACUAAAGAAAAACGAAUGAUAAAGUAUGGUUAAAGAAAAAUAGCAGAGCUCUGAGAAUACAACAACAAAACAGCCUUGUCCUUCUAAGCGAAGUAGAGCUAUGAGCAUAGUGAUGAAAAGUGCAUGUGUUCUUUCCGCAUUUUUACUUGGGGACCUCAUCUAUACGGAGCUGUUUGCUCCUUUUUUUUUUUUUUUUUUUGUGGGUAAUAUGAGCUGUUUGUUCUUUCCCAUAUGGAUCAGAGGGAUUUUUGGAUGAAAUAUGGUGGUGGUUUUAAGCUGUAUCAAUUAUGAAUUUAAGAUAUGAUGUGCCAGAUUAUAAUUAUUUUUUUAAAAAGCUAGGAUGUAGAUAAGUUGGUGUUCAUGACAUUGAAAGCAUCAAUAUUUGAAUAUUGAAAUUA